AUGACGAGUACGGCCUCAUUUCCACCGACCCCAUCAAGCGUGGCCAGGCCAGCGUCCUAUGGUCAGUCAUGUACAAACUGUGCCAAAUCGAAAUGCAAAUGUCUUCGACGACCAGGACGGGUCGAGUGCGAGAGAUGCUUUCGGCUUCACAAACAAUGCCAUGCGGCUGACUCGAUACGAAAACGCCACGCAAACCGAGAUGCAACGUCCAGGAUCUCCCUGUUGGAGGAACGACUUAACGAAGUUACUUCCCUACUACAAUCCGUCACAUCCUCGGGCGAUGGAGCUCGCACGAGAGAUUCUACAGCUCGACCCUCACGUCCACAGGCAGUCGAGUCUGUCUCGGCUCUAGAAGACAAUUACAUCCCAGGAGGAGUUGCAAUGUCCAUUGCAAAUCUGAGUCCUGUAUCGAUGGCUUCGGCUGUCGGCAAAGAUCUGGACCUGCCCUUCGAGGAAGCCGAAAAAUGUGUCGAUGUGUUCAGAACUCAGAUGCUGAGAUUCUUUGCAUUCGUUCAUUUGCCGCCGGAUUAUACCGCCACAAAGAUACGGCAACACCGUCCUUUUCUGUACUUAUGUAUUGUCGCCGUCGUUACAAAGUCUACUACGAAGAAGAUGUCACUCUUCAAAGAAAUCCGCAGAAUAGUGGCACAUCGAAUGAUCCUAGACGACGCCAGUGAACCGGAUGUUGACCUCCUCCUUGGCCUUCUGACGUACCUGACAUGGGGCAAUGAGCAUCUCCUGAUCAACUAUCCGAAAAUGUUGUCUCGGCUCACACAUAUGGCAAUGAUGAUAGUAUUUGAUCUACGGCUGAACAAACCAUUCCAUUUGAAUCCAAAUCUACUCCCGAAAGUGGGCGGCUUCACGGACCGAACGCAUCAGUUGACGGGGCGUAUGGAUGCUCGUCCAACUUUGGAAGAACGACGGGCGGUCUUGGGUUGUUUCGUCAUGGCCUCGACGGUCGCAACUCAUCUCACGAACGUGGAUGCUAUGCAAUGGAAUGAGUAUAUGGAGCAAUGUGUUCAAGUCCUGAGCGAGAAGAAGGAAAGUCCGCUUGAUGAUCUAUUGUUGGCCCAGGUUCGAUUCCACCGGCUCUCCCAACGACUGCAACCUGCCGCAUGGUGUUACGAAGACAUUGGGAAUCCAGAUUCCAAGGUGCCUGUGGCUUUCUACUUUAAAGCGCUCGAGUUGAAUGUACAACGAACCAUGGAGGGGUUGUCUCCCCAAGCCCAAAAAGACGGAGUUGUUCUUGCAUGCAAGUAUCACGCAGAAUUGAGCGUCUGCGAAAUGGCUCUGUCGCAGUUAACCUCGACGUCUUCCAACAUUGGAUUCGAGCCAAUUGACGCUCUGUAUGCCUGUCUCAACACGGUGAAGUUGGCUUUUGAUCAAUUCUUCCAGAUUCCAAUCUCGGAGUAUUUUGCCGUGUCCUUCCCUAUAUUCACGCAGUUUACGCGUUCAAUUGCCGUUUUAUACAAACUCACCAUUCUGGAUCAUCCGAGCUGGGAUAUUGCCUUGGUUCGCUCAACUGUCGAUCUUAUCCUCGUCCUGGAUCGGCUGCUGAACAACCUGGAGCAAGCUAGGCAUGUUUGCUUUGAUGGCACGGACAAUAACGUUGCGACCAGGACCAUCAAAGGAUUCACGGCAGUCCGGCUGUGGUGUGGGUCAAAGCUGUCUGCACCUGCACCGUUGGGGUUAGAUAUGGAGCCAGGUGAUGAGGUCGGAGUGUUUGCCGACACAUCUACUAUAGAUGGAUUGGAUGAUGUGUGGCUGAGAGAAAUACUUGCUUCGUGGUCUGAUUAA